UCCUUUCAUCGGGUCCAAUUCCAAUUCCAAUUCCAAUUCGCUCUCUAAAGAGAGAUCAAGAACGAUAAGAUAACUCCAAUAUGCUGUAGAUCUAAAGACAGAUCUCGAGAACGACAGUGGAAAACUUGUUAAUGCUCUAAUUCUAUAGCCUUUACAGUCAUUGUUUUGCUCAACAUACGGAUUUUGGCUUCUUCCACCUCUCCAACCAGUUUCCUAUAGAAGAUGAUGCUGGAUAUACUUUCAUUUCCUGGAACUACCAACCAAGUCAGACUUGCGAAUUCUAAUAUUUUGAUAGCAAAUGCAUCAUAUUUCACAUCCGCAAACUUCUCGGUAAAGUUAGCGUUUCUUUCUUGUAAGCCAGAAGUUGGAGGGGAUACAGCCUCAAGGAAACAAAAUUUUGCUAUCCAAUAUGAGAAGGGCACCAAAAGGCGAGUUCUUUUAUGUUCUUGCAGCAAGGAUUGUAGAGCUAAAUCUACAGAGAGUGUCGAAAAUUUUCCGAGUUAUGGGAAGGAUAUUGUUGCUUCAUUGUCAAACAAAGGACCAAAUCUUGGUAGCAAUAAUGAGAAGCCAGUUAUCCUAGUAAACCUUCUUGAUAAACUAAAAGCUGUUCACAUGCAUAUAUUGGCAAUGGAAAAAUGGAAUGCUUCUCAACUAAAACUGUGUGACAGAAGCUAUGCCAUGAGUGCAGCUAACUUGAUACAUUAUCUGGCACUGAAAACCCUUGAUAUCGAACAGUUCAAAGAAGAUCUCUCCUCUGUUGGUUUCUUUAACUUGGAAAACAUCAAUCCACAUGUAAUUGCUAGUCUUUCUGCUGCAGUUCAAAUGUUAGAGAAGAUAGGUGAAGUUUCUACCCGUGGUAGUUCGAACGUGAACUUGACAAUAAAUUCCAUGAGGAAAAAGACAUUGUUAAACACCAAGCAAUUAUUGGGUCCACUUUCAGACGAUAGAACAGUUUACAUCAUGGUAACAGUUGGUCAUGAAGCCACAGAAAAUCAAACCUUUAUAACCAAUCUUCUCAAGGCCGGAACAAACAUAAUUCGUAUUAACUGUGCUCAUGGGGAUCAAGAUACCUGGAGAGAGAUAAUCAAAAGUGUUAAAAGAUCCUCCCAAAUGCUGGAGAAACCAUGUCGAAUUCUAAUGGAUCUAGCCGGUCCAAAGCUGAGAACAGGUAAGUUAAAACCUGGUCCGUCUGUUAUAAAGAUAUCCCCUAAAAAGGAUCCUUCUGGAAAUGUCAUAUUUCCAGCUCAAGUAUGGUUUUGCCCCAAAGAAUCAAUUCCUCCCGUUUCUAAUGCAACAACUAUACAUGUAGAAGGCCUUAGUGAGCUUAAGAUAGGCGAUGAAGUAAGGUUUUCCGACGCCAGGGGGAAACAUCGCGUUGUAAAAAUAUCAAACGUUUCUGGAAACGGAUUCAUGGCUGAGUGUUUUAAAACUGCUUAUGUGGAAUUGGGUACACAUCUAUAUAUUAAAGAAGGGAAAAAACAAAGGAAGUUGGGGGUUGUGGUGAAUGUACCUGCUGUAGAACAGUCUCUGAGAUUGAAAACUGGAGACUUGUUAGUUAUAACCCGAGAUAGCUCAAACGAGAAAGAACCAAGUGACCCAACAGAUGGUGUUCAUAGAAUCACUUGUUCAUCUGGGUAUCUUUUCGACUCAGUAAAAGCAGGUGAGUCGAUUUCGUUUGAUGAUGGGAAGAUAUGGGGUACUAUUCAAGGAACAAGUGUAUCGGAAAUAGUUGUUUCAAUAACUCAUUCAAGUCCAAAUGGUACUAAACUUGGAUCAGACAAGUCUAUUAACAUUCCAGACAGUAAAAUACAGUUCCAAGGUUUGACUUCUAAGGAUAUAAUGGAUUUGGAUUUCGUUGCUGCUUAUGCUGAUAUGGUUGGGAUUUCGUUUGUUCAAGAUGUUGAGGAUAUUGUUGUUCUUCGACAAGAGAUUGAGAAAAGGAAGAUUUCGAAGUUGGGGAUUGUUUUGAAGAUUGAGACUAAAAGUGGGUUUGAGAAUUUGCCAGUUUUGCUUCUAGAGACAAUGAGAUGUGGUAAUCCUUUAGGUGUUAUGAUUGCUAGAGGAGAUCUUGCGGUUGAGUGUGGAUAUGAGAGGUUAGGGUUUAUUCAAGAGGAAAUUCUAUCCAUUUGUAAAGCUGCCCAUGUUCCUGUUAUUUGGGCUACUCAGGUGCUUGAAUCACUUGUCAAAUCCGGCAUGCCUACUAGAGCUGAGAUCAGCGAUGUCUCAAGUGGAAGGAGGGCAAAUUGUAUAAUGAUAAACAAGGGAAAGUUUGUGAUAGAGGCUGUGGAAACAUUGGAUGACAUUCUGCAGAACAAGUCUAACAAGGUAAAAACUGAAUUCAAGCCUCUUGUUUUGCAGACAUUUUGAGUGACAAUAUAGUUUAUUAUUAUAUUUUGACAUAUAUUAUUGUAAUUGUAAAAUAAAAGUAUGU